AUGUUGUUUCUCCACUAUUACAGUUCAGGAAUCUUAAUUUUGUCGAAACCUCUUUUGUUGAAUUAGGUUUUCUCUGUUACCGAUGUGGAGAACUAGAUUUUCCAAGCUUCAUGGAUUUCUCAGAAACCUCGUUCCUGCUCCUUCCGUCAAACGAAUGCAUUCCCUUCAACAACAUCAACACAAACAACACAAAAACAAAGCCAUCACUCCAAUUCAUAGCAGCAACAACAACAACAACAACAACAACAAUGUUGUCAAAUCAAAGAAGAAGAAGAAGAAAAACAAUGGUUCUUCUUCUGAUCCUAAAGAGUACAUGAGGAACAUAAUUGGCAAAAUUUACAGAAUUUUGAAGUUUUCAACAUGGGAUUCAGCUCAGCAAGAGCUUGAUAGUCUCCCUUUGAAAUGGGACUCUUACACUGUCAACCAGGUUCUCAAAUCACACCCUCCAAUGGAGAAAGCAUGGUUGUUCUUCAACUGGGCUUCUCGCCUCAAAGGCUUCAAGCAUGACCAGUUCACUUACACGACAAUGCUGGAUAUUUUUGGAGAAGCUGGUCGGAUUUCCUCCAUGAAACAUUGUUUCCAGCAGAUGCAGGAGAAGGGGGUCAAGGUUGAUUCUGUUGUAUAUACUUCCAUGAUGCAUUGGCUGUCGAGUUAUGGGAAUGUGGAUGAGGCUGUUGCGCUUUGGGAAGAAAUGAAAUCCAAGGGAUGUUGCCCUACUGUUGUUUCUUACACUGCUUAUAUCAAGAUUCUGUUUGAUGAUCAAAGAGUCAUGGAGGCCACUGGUGUUUACAAGGAGAUGCUUCGCGCGGGAUGUGUUCCGAAUUGCCAUACUUACACGGUUCUUAUGGACUAUCUAAUUGGGUCUGGAAAAUGCAAAGAAGCCCUUGAAAUUUUUGAAAAGAUGCAAGAGGCUGCGGUGCAACCUGAUAAAGCUGCAUGCAAUAUUUUGAUUGAGAAGUGUUCUAAAGUUGGUGGGACUUUGUUCAUGACCCACAUCCUUGAGUAUAUGAAAGAAAACCGUCUUGUUCUUCGUUAUCCUGUUUUCAUGAAAGCAUUGGAAGCUUUAAGAGUUGCUGGUGAGAGUGAUACCCUUCUAAGGCAAGUCCAUCCACACCUUGAUAUGAAUUGUAGCAUACGAAAGAAAGCAAAUGACAGCAUCCAAGUUGCUGCAGAUUCUCCUGCUAAUUUAGAUAAAAAACUUAUAUCUGUUCUCUUGAAAAAUAGAAAUGUUGUUGCUAUUGACCAUUUACUCAAGGGGAUGAUGGAUAAGAAAAUACCUUUGGAUAAUAAGGUUGUCUCAGCCAUUUUAGAGGUAAAUAGUAGUCAUUGUCGACCUGAUGGUGCUUUGUUGGCAUUCAAGUACUGUGUAGCAAUGGGAAUAAGUAUUGAGAGAACAGGAUAUCUUUCCUUAAUAGGCUUGUUGAUCAGAUCAAAUAUGUAUCCUAAGCUGGUGGAAAUUGUUAGGGAAAUGACUAGAGCUGGGCAUUCUCUUGGAGUGUAUCUGGCUUCACUUAUAAUUUAUAGGCUUGGUUGCGCUAGGCAGCCAGCAUUGGCCUUGAAGAUUUUCAUCUUAUUACCCGAUAAUCAUAAGUGCACUGCUACCUAUACUGCUUUGAUUAGCGCUUACUUUUCUGCUAGAAGUGUUAAUAAGGCACUUGAGUUUUACAAAAUCAUGUGCAGAAAAGGAUUUCGUCCGAUGUUAGGCACGUACAAUGUACUAAUAGCCGGUUUGGAAAGAAAUGGUAGAUGUCCUGAAGCAGAACUUUAUAAGAAACAAAAGAAGAACCUGCAUACUAAUUGUUGUUCUCAGGAAAGUAUUGGCAUCGAGGGAAAGAUAUGCGACCUUCUCUUUGCUGUGAAUGUCAUACUUUGAUAUUGAUGUGUUGAGAUUCUCAUUGUUGAUUCAUAUUGAGGGCAUGAUGAGUAGAUGCCUAUUGGAAACUGGAAAUGUACCUUAUGCUGCAAGCAUGGCACCUGCUGCUUAUGUGUCAAGAAAAGAUGGAAAUUUUGACCCUAGAUGCGGUUCAUUAGAGAUUCCAACAAGGUUUAACUGUCAAUUUUAUCUAUCUGCAUUUGCUUACGUGUUGAAUUUCCAUGUAUCCCAUGUGAAUGACGUGUAUGCACAGCACAGCAGACCCAUUUGAGGAACAUAAUUACGAGUUCCAUGUCCAAAGGAGUUUCAAACCUUCCAUCUCUCCCAACACUAUCACUUGAAACAUUUGAAGCCAUUAAGCCCAAAAUACAGCAACCUUUUCUUCAUUACAGUUUCACUUUUUGUUCAUUUCUAUUAUCAAACCAUCGCAUCCCGUCUUCUCCAGAUUCUUGCGAUGAAGAACAGGGUCUUCUUUGUCACGCCUUCUUCUUCAUGCAGUUGGGUGGAAAUAUUUGUCAGCUUGGAAGCACAAGUUCACAAUAAGUGGUUAGUUAUGCUAUAUAAUUGAGCUUAUUAUUGAAAAGUGUAGUGAUUCCUUCUACUAUGGCUGCGUGCUUUACACUAGGGACUCCCUCUUUCCACCGUUGGUUUGUUCUGGGUUUGAUGAUUUGAAUCAAUAUAUUGUUAUGAUUUUAGAUUGAUUUCAAUUCUGAUUUUUUUCUUUAAUUUCUUUUUUGAGUUCUGCUCUGCAUAGGAGGAAAAGAAACAUAGGGAGAAAAACCAGAGGAACCCAAGAAUGAAGAAGUGAAGAAACAGGAAGCUAAGAAAGUGGAAGAACCUGCAGCAGAGAACAAAGAGGAGGAAUCAAACAAUGAAUCCAUCAAGGAUCAAGUUGCGCCCUCAGAAACUGUGCUUGAAAUGUUCAUGCAUUGUGAGGAUCGUGGGUGCAAGUGUUUGAUGAUUGAAGCAGCUUACUAAGGUGUCUGAACGGGAAGGAAAUUCAGGGUAUUCCAUGGGAGCAUUUUUUUAUAAGCCUCCCAUGGGAGCUUGAACAUAACAGACUGUGAUGGAAGAAUGUGCAUAUGAAGAGGAUAUUGUUGUGUUUAUUUAUAAGUUACUUGCAAUAUUAGUAUACAAAACUUUUUGAUUGUA